AUGAGCCCAGGUCCGGAGUACCCGGAGCCUCCAUCCCAUUCACCUUUAAACCCCUAUCAAAUCCGGGACAUACAUACUGAUGGACAUGGGCACGGCCAUCGGCACGGGGAAACGCACCCGUCAUUCGGGAUGGGUCCAGACAGCAACCAGUCCCCAGAUUCGCAUGAGCUAGCAGGCGACGUGAAACGGCCGCGGGCGUGCGAACCCUGCCGACAGCUCAAAGUGCGGUGCGACCCAGACCCGGUGCACCCGGAAGGGUCAUGCAAGCGGUGCGCAAAAGCGCGGCGGACAUGUGUUGUGACCGCGCCGACGCGCAAGCGGCAGAAAAAGACCGACAGCCGGGUAGCGGAAUUGGAGCGGAAGAUCGAUGCUCUGACAGCAACACUGCAGGCAUCGCAUUCGACUGGUGCGCUCUUCUCUGGCGGAGCGGGGCAGCAACCAUCGCCGUCUAGGCUGCGCGAUGAUCAGGUGGCUAGUCGGAUAUGGACUGUUGGGGAGUCGAAGAUGGCUGGGAGCAAGCGGCAGCACACAGGCGAAGUCAAGGAUUCGCCUGGUGAGUUGCUGGCGCCACGGUAUUCGCGGCCGGGUAGUCCGUCUGCAGAGCAGAUUCCCAGCCAUGCGUCGAAGCAUUGGCGUAGACCUCUUGCUGGUGACUCUACGCUGCCGCCUCCGAAACAUGAGGCUGAUAAUGAGUUUGCUGAUAUGAUCGAUCGGGGGAUUAUAGAUUAUAAGACUGCCAGCGCGGCGUUUGAGCGAUAUAUCCAUCAAAUGGCACCAGAGAUGCCUUUUGUGGUUUUCCCGCCGGGAACUUCGAUGGGCGAGGUUCGGCGCAAUAAACCUUAUUUAUUUCUCGCCAUCAUUGCCGUUGCCAUUAGUGUCUUCAACCCCGAUGCACAGUUAAUCCUUAUGAAUGAGACAUAUCGCCUGAUCGCUGAGCAUGUUGUUGUCAAAGGCCAUAAGUCACUUGAGCUUGUUCAGACUAUAAUGGUUUCUUCUCUCUGGUAUCAGCCACCAGAUAACUUCGAGGAGCUCAAGGUCUAUUCUUUGACCCACAUGUGUGUGGUCAUGGCAAUGGAGAUUGGAUUGAACCGUCGCGUCUCUGAAAACAGACGGGCCUAUAGCAUGAUUCGCGAGCUGGUGACGAAAAAGCCGGCAGGUCCGCCAUUUGAUCCAGAGGGUCCGGAAGCAAGGCGGACUUGGGUUGGCUGUUAUUACUUAUCUGUCCAGGUAUCAGCGGCUUUGAGGAGAGUACAACUGGUCAGCUGGCAGCCGUACAUGGAUGAGUGCCUUGAUAUUCUAGAAAAUCACCCAGACUGCUUACCCUCUGACCGGAAACUGAAAUGGUGGGCAAAGCUGGGAUUGAUAAUGGAGGAUGCUGGACAUCACUUUUCUGCAGAUGAUCCCGAACCCAUUGCCACCUUUGCAGAUAGUAAGCUGUGGUAUAAUAUUAAGGUGUUUGAGGGUCGAUUAGCACAGUGGAGAAAGGAGAUCCCGCGGGAUGUUUACACUGGGCCCAUGGUUCACACAGAACUUGUCCUGAAUCUCUUUGUGCACGGAUCUGUGAUGUGUGUGACCUACAAAACUGGCACCAACUCUCCAUCUUAUGAUGAUUUGCACAACCCAUCAAUUGCAGCGGUGACCGAAGCGUUGACUUCGGCCAUCCGCUGCAUCCACCAGAGUGUGGAUGCUAUCUGCGCCAUUGAUAUUGACCGACUUAUAUCCCUACCUACGACGACAAUAGCGCGGACAACGUACCCCGUGGUCAGUUUGAUAAAAAUAUACUCAUUGUUCAUGUCGCCAGACACUCGAAUCGGGCAGAUUCUCGACGUGCAGAGUCUCAAACUCGAUUAUUAUCUGGAUAAAGUCAUCGCGCAUUACCGCACGGCCGCCGCGCGUGAUGGUGGCCGUGCAGCAGCGAAAUUUGGAAACAUAAUGGUCCUGUUGCGCAAUUGGUUUUUGAAAAAACGCGACCAGGGAGAUCAUGGCCGGGAAUUAAAAGAGGCUUUUUCAAAUGAUCAGAAACCCUCUGGUCACCGGCAGAAACAUCAGAACCAUGAUACCCCGAACACGCCAUCUACCGAUCCAAGAACGCAGAUGGCAUCGGGCAUGACACCCCUCCAUUUCCUAAGUGAAGUAGCCAUGGGUGAUCCAGCACACCGAGUUAACAAUCCAAACUCUCAACGCCCAGGCUCAGUAGCCGGGCAAUCAUAUUCCUCAAACCACAGUACAAGCUCAACAGUCAACCCGAUGACAACGCCAGGCCCAUCCACUUUCGGGCCAGAUCCACCCCAAACCAGCUGGUCAUCUGGGGCAUCAUACCCAAUCACUCUCCCGACCUCGGACUCGAACCACAUCGAGACGAGGGGUUACUACCAACCCUAUUCAUCCGCUGAACUCACACAUAACUAUCCAGAUCUACCGUCGAGUUCCGCACAGACUCAGGGAUACCCGGACAUGUCCACCGUGACUGGGAUACAGCUUGCCCCUCCGAUGGGAAUGGCCCCGGAGAUAGGCAUAGACCCCAAUUUCGGUGAUCCGUGGUUUACAUUAGGGAAUAUUAUGGAUGAAGGACUGUUCACGUUCCCGAUUUCUUUUGAUGGAAAUUUAUUCUAG